UGUCUUCAUUUUCUUUAAAUUUGUCAAAAUUAGCUUAUUACAAAUUAGCAUAUGGGCCAGGCUAAGCUAAAGCAUAAGAAAAAGAAUAAAAAAAAGAAACACAAAAUCAAGUUACACAAAUUAAAGAAAAGCCCUGUAAUCUAAGAACUUUUACGCUUACAAGUCUCCCCAUACAAAUUUCUGCUAACAAAAUUCAUUAUUUAAUCUCUCUCUUUUAUUUUUAUUUUUAAUCUUUUUGGAAAAAUACAGUCAAGUCAGUGACAGCUCCAAGUAAAUUAUUCCACCAAACGCGUCUCUAUCACCAAAACAGUUUUGUUUCACUCUCCGAUCUCACACACGCCGAAAAAAAGAAAGAAAAGAAUACACUUAUCAUCAUCAUCAAAUCAGAUCUCAAAAAAAUCGCAAAUGGAGGUGUUAAUCGCGGUACUUGAUCUCAUAAGCUUAAGUUGAAAUGCAGCAGCCUAAUAAUCUAUUCCCAUCCGGCACCCUUUUUGGAAAUCCUUUUCUGUUAAAUGGUGAAUUAAGUGGUGGAUUUGAAAGCUCUAGGGUUUUCUUCUUGGUACCUUUUUUAUUAUUCCAAGGAGGUGAUAUGGAUUUAUCAAAAGUUGGUGAAAAGAUUUUGAACUCUGUUCGUUCCGCUAAAUCGAUUGGUCUCUUGCCUUCUGCUUCUGAUCGUCCCGAGGUUCCAGCUCGAGCUGCAGCAGCUGCUGCUGUUGCGCGUGUUAUUGCUGGACUGCCUCCGCAUCAGCAAUUUAGUCUACCAUCAAGUUCUGAAGAAUUACGCUCAAUAUAUGGAAGCACACCACAAGGUCGAGUGGCGGAGGAACUAGAAGAGGGUUACUAUGAAGAGGAUUUUGAUCCAAUUAGACACAUAUUAGAGCAUAUUCCAUCUGAAGAAAAUGAGUUGGAAUAUUUUGAGAAACAGGCUGCUCUUAGGUUGGCACAGUUGGAUAGAGUAGCAGAACGUUUAUCUCACCAAGUCAUGGAGCAUCAUGAAGUGAUGGUGAAGGGGAUGAAUUUGGUCAGGGAAUUAGAGAAAGACUUAAAGAUUGCAAAUGUCAUCUGCAUGAACGGAAGAAGGCACUUGACCUCAUCUAGGAACGAGGUUUCAAGGGAUCUCAUUGUAAAUUCUCAUUCCAAAAAGAAACAAGCUCUCCUGGACAUGCUUCCAAUAUUAUCUGAUCUUCAUCAUGCAUGGGAGAUGCAAACCGCACUUGAAUCCUUGGUUGAAGAUGGAAAUUACUGCAAGGCAUUCCAAGUCCUAUCCGAGUAUUUGCAGUUAUUAGAUAGUUUUUCGGAUCUUUCGGCCAUUCAAGAGAUGAGUCGAGGAGUUGAGGUUUGGUUGGGAAGCACCCUUCAAAAACUGGAUUCACUGCUGUUAGGAGUGUGCCAGGAGUUCAAGGAGGAAAAUUAUAUAACUGUGGUUGAUGCUUAUGCAUUAAUUGGAGAUAUCUCAGGUCUUGCUGAAAAGAUACAAAGCUUCUUCAUGCAGGAAGUUCUGUCAGAAACGCACUCUGUAUUGAAGAAUAUUGUGCAAGAGGACCAGGAAACACAAAUGCAGAAUAGCAGACUUACCUACAGUGAUUUGUGUCUUCAGAUCCCUGAAUCUAAGUUCAGGCAGUGUUUGUUGAGAACACUAGCUGUCUUAUUCAGGUUGAUGUGUUCCUAUCAUGAAAUCAUGAUAUUUCAUAUUGAGAACAAGGAUUGGCCGUCCCAAACAUUGAAUAUGAAGCUAAGGGACAGUGACAACUCUUCAGAUUCUGGAGAGAACCAGCAAAGUGAUCCAGUCACAAGAAUUUCUUCUGAUCCCGAAAGAAAUAAUGGCUCUCUGUCUCAAUCCAUGGGCAAAAUGCCUACUCAAGAAGCUAUCACCAGUAUGUCUUCGACGGACCAUAUGGGAGCUACAGAUUCGAAUUAUUCAGAUUCUCAUUAUCAAGUUGAUGAGGAUAGGAAUGAUGGUACUGGAGCAUCAAGCAGUGGAUCGCCUUGGUAUCAGCUGCGGAAAGAUGCUACAGUAUUUGUGGCGCAGACCCUUCAAAGGGGAAGGAAGAAUCUUUGGCAGCUUACGACAAGUCGAGUAUCAGUAUUACUUUCUUCUUCUGCAAUUGGUUCAAUGAGCAUUCAUCAAUUUUUAAAAAAUUAUGAAGAUCUGAAUGUAUUCAUCUUGGCUGGUGAAGCCUUCUGUGGUGUUGAAGCAGUUGAGUUCAGGCAGAAGUUGAAGGCUGUCUCUGAGAAUUAUUUUGCAGCAUUUCAUCGGCAAAAUGUUUAUGCACUUAAAAUGGUUUUGGAAAAGGAAAAUUGGCUGAAAUUGCCACCAGAUACAGUACAAGUAAUUAGCUUUGCAGGGCUUGUUGGGGAUGGGGCACCCUUGAUUGUUCCUUCUGAUGGUAACUCUAAAAAUGUCAGAUUGCAUCAUUCUGAUAAGUCAUUGAACUCAGUUGAUGCUACUUUGAAGAAGAAUGGUUUUACAAGUUGGCUCCAAAAUGGAAACCCAUUUUCACUAAAGGUAGUGCACACUUCCAAAGAAGGCCAUAGUUCCCCACAUAAUGGGGGUCCUUCAGGUGACUAUGAUGGACAAAUGAAUGAUGGCAAUCUGGUCUCUCCUCAAAGUACUGAUGUCAGUCAUAUGAACGGAACCCCUGUUUCGGAAGAUGAAAAUGAAGAUCUACUUGCAGACUUCAUCGAUGAGGAUAGUCAACUCCCAAGUAGAAUUUCAAAGCCAAAUCAUUCAAGAAUUAACUCUGCACAUUGGAAAAAUGAUGAGAUUACUGCUCAAACAGGAUCAUCUGUUUGUCUUUUGAGAUCGAUGGAUAAAUAUGCAAGACUCAUGCAGAAACUAGAAAUAGUAAAUGUUGAGUUUUUUAAGGGGAUAUGCCAGUUGUUUGAGAUUUUUUUCUACUUUGUAUUUGAAACAUUUGGUCAGCAAAACCCGAAUUCAAAAGGUUUAUCUGACUCUGUCAAUUAUCGACUGAAGACAGCCUUGUCCAGAAUAUCACAGGAUUGUGACCAGUGGAUAAAAUCCCAUUCAACAUCGUUUUUGCCUUCACCCGCAUCUUUGACUACAUAUAUGCAUGCAGAUUUAACACCUACUAGUCCUCAGAAUCACUUAUCAGCUACAUCUUUUGGUCUUAAGGAACGAUGCACAGCUGCAGAUAAUAUAUCUCUUGUUGCUCAAAUAAUGCACAGAUCCAAAGCCCAUCUUCAGUCAAUGCUUCUCCAAAAUAAUCCAACUAUAGUGGAGGAUUUUUAUGCGCACCUGGUAAAUUCUGUGCCAGAUCUUAAAGAGCACAUACAUAGGACAACUGCAAGAUUACUUUUACAUAUUAACGGAUAUGUUGACCGGAUUGCUAAUGCUAAAUGGGAAGUAAGAGAGCUUGGACUGGAGCAUAAUGGGUAUGUUGAUUUGUUGUUGGGAGAAUUUAAGCACUAUAAAACCAGGCUUGCUCAUGGGGGAAUUCAAAAGGAGGUUCAAGACCUCCUUUUAGAGUAUGGCAUUGAAAUUGUGGUUGAAACUCUCACUGAAGGUCUAUCACGGGUCAAGAGGUGUACUGAUGAAGGCCGAGCUCUCAUGUCAUUGGAUCUUCAGGUGUUAAUCAAUGGCCUACAACAUUUUGUCCCUGUAAAUGUGAAGCCAAAGUUACAAAUAGUUGAAACUUUCAUUAAGGCUUACUACCUUCCAGAAACUGAGUAUGUGCAUUGGGCCCGUGCUCAUCCGGAAUACACUAAAAAUCAAAUUGUUGGAUUGAUCAACCUUGUUGCUACAAUGAAAGGUUGGAAGAGGAAAACCAGGUUGGAAGUAUUAGAAAAGAUUGAAUGAGCUGAUAUAUGUAGCUUCGGACAGCGGGAUUAGGUUUCAGGUAUAUAAAUCCUGCACUUAAUUGUUUUUUUAUUUUCUUUUUGAGAUUUUUGGUUGAUUGAAUGAGUUUGUGGAGAUUGGAUAGAAUGUUCAUCUCCCUUAAUUAUGUAGGGUGUAUAGUUUGUAAUAUAUAUAUAUAUACAGGGGGUUUUCCCUGCGUGGGGAAAUAUCAAAUGUAAUUUUGGAUCACAUCUUAUUAUGUGAAAUAAUGAGUUCAUAGGAAAAUCAACUCUCAAUUACUACGGCUUCAAUUGUAUGAUUAAAGUGCAGUCUUCUUCUGUAACUGGAAUAAUAAGUAUACAAAUCAAAACUUUUGUUGGUUUCUUA